AGCCGCACAAAGGUUCUCUCGGCACCUGCUCCAUCUCCGGCGACGUGAACUAUUUUCGGCACCGACUGCGUUAUUUUCGACGGCGCCAAGCCUAGAGGACAGCGGCAGCAUUUGUAUCCUCCAUUUUUAGCGACACCAAGCCUACCGUAGUGGGAGAGAUUCAGACACCAAUGGAUGUUGCAAUGAUUGAGUUCAUAGACCCAAGAGAGCCUGUAGCGGUUAUUCCAAUAUUAAGAGCUGGUCUAGCUCUAGCAGAGCAUGCAUCAUCAAUUUUGCCAGCAACAAAAACAUAUCAUCUAGGUGGCACAAUAGUGGCAGCUCUCAACCUGAUAAAGAAAUGUGGGGUUGAGAACAGUCAAAUUAAAGUGGUAACAUAUCUACAACUUAUUCUUCACUAUUUCUGUCAAUUUUAUUUCAUAGUUAAUGGAGUUGGAAAUGAGUUUGUAUAUGAACUCUCUGAAAGUAUCUUAAUCUUGAACUUUCGUUGCUUUACAUAUAAAGUAGUGGUGAAAUUGAUGAAGGGAGGAACAAAUUAAAUAAAUUAAUUAAUAAAGUGGGAACAAGAACACUAAUAACGUUGAAAAUCUCAACCAACCUUUGGAGGUACAGACUGCAGACACCUUUAUAUACACCAACUGUUCUGUUUUUUUUUUAUCAAUAAUUCCUUCUUAAUAUUCUUUUUGGACCCUGCUGUUUAUAUGUAUUUAGACAUGCAUAGUUUUAUGGCUUUAUGUUAGUGCUUAAAAUUCAGCAGCUGCAUUUUGACUUAGAGUAAAACACUUUUAUAUGGACGUGAAUGUGCAUUAACUAUAUGUGUUUUUAGAGUCUAGUAUGAUCCAUACACUACUACAAA